GUUUUACGGCAACAUGGCGGCCUGCAGCCUGCAGCAGCGGAGGCUCUGACCGUCAGAGUCUGAAACUUCAUCAUGAACACCGGGACAGACCGCACGAGACCAACAGGUCGGUAACGGGGGGUUUUGAAUAUGAUAACAAUGUGUAUCCGGGGGGUUUCCGCUCCGAUGUGCCGAAACGUAGCUCAUGUUCGCUGGCUUGUGUGUGCGCGGCGUGCGUAUUCGUGUGGGCUCGAGCCUGCGUCAUGGCGACACACACCUGUCACCGGCAGGCUGAAACCGUUGCCGGUGAGCUGCUUAUGGCCCCUGGGGGUCUCUGACACUGGCAUACUGCAGCAGGUGAACAACGCUUCACCGUGGCACGUGCAGGGGAAAAGGUUCGUGCACUGGGGAGGUCACGGGAGGUCGGUGGGCAGUUUCCGGUCUCUGCUGUCACCUGAAGCUCGCGGGCUCUGCAGCGGGAAGACCGAGGAGACACCGGGGCGAAAGGAGGAGGAGAACCGGGGGGAGGCCGGCCUGGUACCGGGAGAUGGACUGUUCCAGUUUAAAGAGCUGUACGAGAACCCGUGGACGAUCCCAAACUUCCUGUGUGUGUGUCGGAUUAUCCUCGCUCCCUUCCUGGGCUACCUGAUCAUCGAGCAGCACUUCCACCUGAGCCUCGCUCUGUUCACUCUGGCCGGAGCCACGGACCUGUUGGACGGUUACAUCGCCCGGACGUGGCCCUCUCAGAAGUCAGCGUUGGGCAGCGCUCUCGACCCAUUGGCUGAUAAGAUUCUCGUCAGUUUUUUAUACGUCAGUCUCACCUACGCUGAUCUGAUACCAGCUCCACUCACAGCUCUAGUGAUUGCCAGAGACAUCGGUCUGAUAGCUGCCGUCUUCUGGGUUCGAUACAAGACUGUACCUCCGCCGGUGACCCUUAGCAAGUUUUUUAAUCCCUGCUACACCACAGCACAGCUCAAGCCCACACUCUUCAGCAAGGUGACACACACACACACACACACA